AUGGGGGACUUUCUUGUCAAAUAUUUGUUCUUCUGUGUCUAUCUGAUCUUCCGUUCUUCCUCUUUUUUCUUCUCUGAGUCUUCCAAUCUUUCUCCAUCUUGUAAAUUACGGAGGCAGUUUCAUCUCAAUGGGAUGCACAAGGCCGGUGAUGUAAUUCUAGGUGGGCUGUUUGAGGUACACUACACCUCUGUAUUCCCUGAGCUAACCUUCAUCGCAGAGCCACAUCAGCCCAACUGCCAAGGCUUUGACCCCCCAGGGUUCAGGCAUGCCAUGACCAUGGCCUAUACAAUUGAUGAGAUCAACAAGAACUCCAAUCUGCUACCUAAUGUGACUCUGGGAUACAGUCUAUAUGACAACUGUGCUACACUUGGUAUUGGUUUCAGUGCUGCGUUGUCAUUGGCAAGCGGCCGAGAGGAGCAGUUUCUGCUUCAGGAGAACUGUUUAGGGACUCCUCCAGUUAUAGGGAUUGUGGGGGAUCCAUUCUCAACUUUUUCUAUCGCCACCUCCAAUGUUCUGGGUUUGUUCAAACUGCCCAUCGUUAGUUAUUUUGCCACAUGUUCUUGCCUGAGUGAUCGGCAAAGGUAUCCAUCCUUCUUCAGAACAAUCCCAAGUGAUGCUUUCCAGGUGCGUGCUAUGAUUCAGAUUCUUAAACACUUCAACUGGACUUGGGUUGGCCUGCUGGUCAGUGAUGAUGACUAUGGGCUCCAUGCUGCCCGAUCCUUCCAAUCCAACCUGGCUCAGUCAGGUGGAGGAUGUCUGGCCUACUCAGAGAUUUUGCCCUGGGGCAAUGAACCAAAUGAAUAUAAGAUGAUUGUGGAUGUGAUGACAAAAUCCACAGCUCGUGUGGUCAUUGUGUUUGCACAUCAGAUGCAGAUGACUCAACUCAUGACGGAGGUGGUGAGGCAGAAUGUAACAGGCCUGCAGUGGAUUGCCAGUGAAGCUUGGACAUUAGUUGAGGGACUUCAUACCACUGCCUUCAUGCCAUAUCUGGCAGGCACACUGGGCAUUGCUAUCCGUUGUGGAAAAAUACCAGGACUCAGGGAUUUUCUGUUAAGAAUUAAUCCUGACCAGCACCACAGCAAUGACUAUGAAAACAGCAUGGUGAGGCAGUUUUGGGAAUUCACCUUUCAGUGUAGAUUUGCACCCCCCCCAGCAGGUUGGGUGGAAUCUGGUGGAGCAUUAUGUACUGGACAUGAAAAUCUAGGGAAUGUGGAGACUGACUAUUUGGAUGCAUCAGAACUCAGGCCAGAGUAUAAUAUUUACAAGGCUGUGUAUGCUCUGGCAUACGCCCUCAAUGACAUGCUUCACUGUACACCUGGAAAAGGGCCUUUCAGAGGGCAAAGUUGUGCAACUUUGCAAAAAAUGGAUCCAUGGCAGCUUAUGUAUUACCUUGAAAAGGUCAAUUUCACCACACCAAUUGGUGACCAAGUGUCUUUUGAUGAGAAUGGUGAGGCCUUACCAAUAUAUGAUGUGAUGAACUGGCUGCAACUCCCUGAUGGAAGAACUAAAGUUCAGAAUGUGGGUGAGGUUAAAAAGUCUGUUUCCAAAGGUGAAGAGCUCACAAUUGAUGAAGACAAAAUCUUCUGGAACUUUGAAUUACAAGAGCCACCCAGGUCAGUUUGCAGCGAGAGCUGCCCCCCAGGUACCCGCAUGGCAAGGAAAAGGGGACAGCCUAUGUGCUGUUUUGACUGCAUUCCGUGCUCUGAGGGAAAGGUCAGCAAUGCAACUGACUCCUUGGAGUGUACCAGCUGUCCAGAGGACUUCUGGUCCAGCCCUCAGCACGACCACUGUGUUCCUAAGAAAACAGAGUUUCUCUCCUACCAUGAGCCUCUGGGUAUCUGCUUGACAACUGCCUCAUUGCUAGGUACAUUCGUCUGUGCUGUUGUCCUGGGCAUCUUUACCUAUCAUCGCAGUACACCCAUUGUAAGUUAUUUUUCCACAUGUUCCUGCCUGAGUGAUCGGCAGCGGUUUCCAUCCUUUUUUAGAACAAUUCCAAGUGAUGCUUUCCAGGUGGUGAGGCAGAAUGUGACUGGCCGGCAGUGGAUAGCCAGUGAAGCCUGGACAUCAGCUACUGUCCUCCAAACAGCCCAUCUCAUGCCAUACCUAAGUGGCACACUUGGCAUUGCCAUCCGCCGAGGAGAAAUACCAGGGCUAGGGGAUUUCCUCUUACAAAUACGCCCUGGCCAAAAUGACAAUGCAAAUAACAUGGUGAGGCGGUUUUGGGAAUACACAUUUCAGUGUAGAUUUGCACCACUUCCAGCAGGUUGGCUGGAAGCUGGAGGAGCACUGUGCACUGGAGAGGAAGAUAUCAAAAGUGUGGACAGUGAGUUUUUGGAUCUCUCUAAUCUCAGGCCUGAGUAUAAUAUUUACAAAGCUGUUUAUACUCUGGCACAUGCGCUCAGUGACAUGCUGCAGUGUGAGCCAGGGAGAGGGCCCUUCAGCGGGCACAGCUGUGCCACUUUGCAAACACUGGAGCCAUGGCAGGUUGUACAUUACUUGCAAAAGGUCAACUUCACCACACCAUUUGGUGAUCAAGUCUCAUUUGAUGAGAAUGGUGAUGCCUUACCAAUCUAUGAUAUUGUCAACUGGCUGUGGCUCCCUGAUGGAAGAACUAAAGUUCAGAAUGUGGGUGAGGUCAAGAGAUCUGACCACAAAAGUGAAGAACUCACAAUUGAUGAGGAUAAAAUCUUCUGGAACAUUAAAUUAAACAAGCCACCCCGCUCAGUGUGCAGUGACAGCUGUCCUCCAGGUACCCGCAUGGCCAGAAAAAAGGGGGAACCUGUGUGCUGUUUUGACUGCAUCCCUUGUUCUGAGGGAAAGAUCAGCAAUAAGACUGACUCCAUGGAGUGCACCAGCUGUCCUGAGGACUUCUGGUCCAGCCCCCAGCGUGACCACUGUGUUCCUAAGAAGACAGAAUUUCUCUCCUACCAUGAGCCUCUGGGUAUCUGCUUGACAGCUGCAUCGCUGUUGGGGACAUUUUUCUGUGUUAUCACCCUGGGCAUAUUUACCUAUCACCGACAAACACCUAUGGUACGCGCAAAUAAUUCAGAACUGAGUUUCCUACUCCUGGUGUCACUUAAGCUAUGCUUUCUCUGUUCACUGCUGUUUAUUGGCCGUCCCAGACUGUGGACAUGCCAGCUGAGACAUGCAGCAUUUGGGAUCAGCUUUGUGCUUUCUGUCUCAUGUAUUUUGGUAAAAACCAUGGUGGUUCUGGCUGUGUUCAAGGCCUCCAAGCCAGGAGGGGGAGCCAGUCUGAAAUGGUUUGGGGCAAUGCAGCAGAGAGGGACAGUUAUGGUUCUUACUUCUAUCCAGGCAGCUAUUUGCACUGCUUGGCUUGUCUCUGCCUCACCAACUCCUCAUAAAAACACUCAGUACCACAAUGACAAGAUAGUUUAUGAGUGUGUAGUUGGGUCCACAGUUGGUUUUGCAGUGUUACUGGGUUACAUUGGCUUACUAGCAACCCUUAGCUUCCUGUUGGCAUUUCUGGCAAGGAAUCUUCCAGACAACUUUAAUGAGGCCAAACUCAUCACUUUCAGCAUGCUGAUCUUCUGUGCUGUGUGGGUGGCCUUUGUCCCUGCGUAUGUCAACUCUCCAGGCAAAUAUGCGGAUGCGGUGGAAGUAUUUGCUAUCUUGGCCUCAAGUUUUGGCCUCUUGUUGGCACUGUUUGGACCAAAAUGUUACAUAAUCCUGCUGAGACCAGAGAGGAACACAAAGAAAGCAAUCAUGGGCCGGGGCACCUCCAAGUCAUAA